AUGAUUGUGUCUAAACAUGCAGCAGAGCUCUGCGCCCUGCUUGUCAAUGACACCUUUGGCGAACUUCCCUCGCGUGUUAUCGAAGCCCUCCUCCAAAGGGGACCCAGUCGCAUGCCCCAACUCUUCGAACGAACCGGCCUACACCCUCCUCAAGUGCGCCAUGGCCUUGCUGUACUGAUUCAGCAUAACCUCGCAUAUUAUAACGUCAAUAAAGACACGAAAGUCACAACGUACGAAGCAAAUGUCCAUUCCUGCUACAACAUCCUACGCAUAGGCCGAAUCGUAGACCUUGUGGGGCAACAGUAUGGGGAGGCGGAGCAAGAGGUCGUCCGAAAUCUAUUUUCCCUAGGUUAUGUGCAGAUUGCCGAUCUUGCCCAAGCCUUUGGCGGUCAUGGAGGCGGCGCGGCAGCCCCUGCCACCAAUGGGAACGGCGAAGCUCAUACUGAAGUCGGGAUGAACGGCAACAGCAACGGCAACGGCGUGGUGUCCAAUAAACCAGGGUCUACGAUACAAUCCGUCUUUCACCUUCACGAAGUUAUCGGCCGCCUGAUACAGUUCGAAAUCCUUGAAGUUGUCGACGCUGAAUCAUUCGCCAAUCCCGAAACCGUAUAUGCCGAGAUUGAACAAGAAUACACCAAGAAGGCGACAACUGCCAAAUCUCUCAAGGCUAAGGAAGACCUUGGGCGAGAGAAGGCCGGCAUGCUGCGCGCUGCUAGAGAUCGUGGCAAAGUUCUAAAGCGUAAACUCGACGCUGAAGAUGGUUUCCCAAGCUCCAAGAAGAGAAAACUGGUUAAUGGAGAGGCCAAUGGGACCCCGGCGCCUUCAAGCACGAAGAGGCGGGUUUUGGAUUCUUCUACCGUUCUGCGGAUAAACUACGAAAAGUGUCUCGUUGAUUUGAGAAAUGACAGGCUUGGCCGGUUCGCCGCUGAUGUUAUUGGCCAUACGACUUCCGAAGUGUAUAGGGCACUCUUGAGACUUUCCACCACAAAACUAUCGCGCUGUAAAGAGGAUUCAAAGAUUGACGGUGCCUACAGUGACAUGUUUGAUGACGGAGCCAAGGAUGUCACCAUCACCACCCUAGAAAUACUCGAGAGCCUCGAUCCUUCGAUCAAUCUAGCGACCGACAUUGGACGGGUCGGCAAGAGCAGUGUUGACCCUCAUAUCGGUGACCACCUACUGCAAAUGGCCGUCAUCUCUUCUACCGAAGAUGCUGAGCUCGGCCUUCAGGGUGGGCCGGUCAAACCCUCUCGGAACGGACACAUCACCGAUGACGAGCUGUAUUCAGAUGACGAACCCGCCCCGAUAAAGGCUAGCAACGGGCAAAAUGGUUCCAGCAACGGCCACGUCAAAUUUGAAAAUGUGCCGAGUACCGGCGAGCAGAGGGUUGAGCUUCUCCGCCGCCACUUGUUUCUCUGCGAGAGCAAGCAUCGGUUUGCAAGGUACUGCGGUACGCUAGGUGAAGGCCAGUGGGCUAUCGACUUCGACGUGGUCAUGGAAGCCCUCCGCCAAGUGGAGCUGGAUUCCAUCAUCGAGCAGAUGACAGGUCGGCGGGGUCUACGGUUAACCCGAAUUCUAAGGCAGUUCGGUCGGUUGGACGAAAAGGUCGUGGCUGACAAGGCCCUCAUGAAGAAACCCACAUUGCAGGGCAAGAUGGCGGAGCUUCAAAAGUCGGGCUUCGUCGACGUCCAGGAAGUGCCUCGCGAUAAUAAUCGCGUCGCUAACCGCACCAUGUUUUUCUGGUACUAUGAUGCCGAUCGAACGUGCAGGCAGCUGCCGGAUAGGCUAUACAAGAUGAUGCUCCGGUGCUUGCAGGUUCUCGAAGUAGAAAGGCACAAGGUCAAGGAUAUCCUCGAGUUCGUGCACCGGACGGAUGUCAAGGGGAAAGAAGAGGAGGUCAUGACCCCCGAAUACUACAACAAAUACAGCAAACACCUGGAGCUGGAGAGGAAACUUCUUGGACAUACGAUGAAACUAGACGAUAUCGUCGCCGUAUUGAGGGAUUACUAA